AAAUGUUAACUGUUCAUGGACAUUCGGAAGGGUGUAAGAGAAAUUAGUCAAAGUGAAAGUAGAAGUAGACCGGAUGAAGGAACUUCCCGUUCCGCUAGAUGGCGCUCUUUGAUAUACUUCCGGUAACAUUUCCCACGUGUUGUAAACAUUUUGACAAAUUUCAUAAAAAUGGUCCGUAAAUUGAAGUUUCACGAGAAGAAACUGUUGAAAAAGGUGGAUUUUAUAUCAUGGGAGAUUGACAACAACUUACAUGAACUGAAGGUGAUGAAGAAAUAUUAUAUACAGCGCAGAGAGGACUACACAAAGUAUAAUAAGAUGUCGCGAGAGAUUCGAGAACUUGCCAGAAAGAUCAAAGAAGUUGAUGUAAAAGAUCCAUUCAGAGCUGAAGCAACAUCCCAACUCUUAGAAAAGCUACACAUGAUGCGACUAAUACCCAGCAAGAGGAGCCUGGAGCUAGCAGACAGUGUCACAGCUUCCUGCUUCUGCAGGCGACGUUUACCGGUGGUGAUGGUUAAAAACCACAUGUCAGAGACGCUCAAGGCAGCCACUACAUUUAUAGAGCAGGGACAUGUUCGUGUAGGACCUCAGGUAAUAUCAGAUCCAGCCUUCCUCGUUAACAGAAGUAUGGAGGAUUUCAUCACCUGGACGGACACCUCCGCCAUAAGGAAACAUGUACUGGAUUACAAUGACAUGAGAGACGAUUUUGACCUGAUGAGCUAACAGUCAAUGCAACAAUACUCCCCAUCAUCUCUGUGAUUUUAUGUAAACAUUAUCAAUCCCACAAUAAAUCUAUAAAAUUCCUCAAAA